AUGCUGCUGCUCGGCUUGGUCCUCCUGCAGGUGACCGGAGCCUCCGGCAUUACAGAUGUAGUGGCAGCAUAUAAUUUAACUUGGAAAUCAACUAAUUUCAAGACAAUUUUGGAGUGGGAACCCAAACCCAUCAAUCAUGUCUACACUGUUCAGAUAAGCCCCAGAUUAGGCAACUGGAAAAGCAAAUGCUUCUAUACCACAGACACGGAGUGUGACCUCACCGACGAGAUCGUGAACAAUGUGAAUCAGACGUACCUGGCCCGGGUCUUUUCCUACCCAGCUGAUGCCACCGAUUACGCUGGGGAGCCUCACUUUACAAACUCCCCAGAGUUCACACCUUACUUAGAGACAAAGCUCGGACAGCCCAUGAUUCAGAGUUACAAACAAGUUGGGACAAAACUGAAUGUGACCGUACAAGAUGCACGUACCUUAGUCAGGAUGAACGGCACAUUCCUAAGCCUCCGGGAUGUUUUUGGCAAAGACUUAAGUUACACACUUUAUUACUGGAAAGCUUCAAGUACGGGAAAGAAAUGUUCCUCGUCAUUGGAAUGGUGGUGCUUGCAGUCAUCAUCCUGA